AUGAUUCUUGUUGCGUUGUUGUUCUUCUCAGCAUUAGUCUCAUUCAUCUGCUUACCACAAUUGAUCAAAGCUUUAAACUUAUCAACAACUGCACCAAAUGAUCAACUCUCCAAUCUUCUUAGAAGGCUAUUAAACCUAAGAUUUUAUUUCAUUGCCAAAAUCUUAUUCUUUAAAGCCCCAACAAGAGCUGGUAAGAUUGAUAAGAUCUAUGUAUAUCCAUUAAAAUCAGUUUCAUACAUCUCACCAACUAAAUGGGAAAUUGACGAACAUGGCUUAAAACAUGAUAGGCAAUAUAUGAUUGGAUUUUGGGAUUCAAAGGCAAAUUGUUAUCAAGCUUACACUUUGAGAAAUGCUCCAAGAUUAUCAUUAGUUUCAAUUGAUUAUGACCUUGAAGAGAAUUGGUUUAAAUUUACUUAUCCAAAAUUAGAUGGUUCAAAAUCUUUCUUCAAAUUACCAUGUAAUGUUACAGAUGAAUUUUUGGCAAAGCACAUUGUUAAUAUUGAUGAAUCAGAUCAACCAUCUCGUAAGAUUACAGAUUUAUGGGGGAUAAAAUUUGAUUCGAUAAACCUUGGUUCAAAUUUAAUUCCACAAGAUUUUUAUGAUUCAAUGGGAUUAAAUAGAGAUGGUACAACUUUAUUAUAUUCAUCAAAGGAUAGAACUGUUAAAACUGCACAUCCAAAAGAUUUAAAACAAAUGCGUAAAGUUUUAUUCCAAGAUUAUUUCCCGAUUCAUAUUAUUUCCCAAAGUUCAAUUGAUGAAUUGAACCAACGUAUGAAGAAAUCUGGUGUUAAAGAUAGAAUUGUCGAACCUUUACAAUUUAGACCAAAUGUUGUUAUCGAUGGGAAUGCUAUUGAAUUAGACUAUUGGUAUAAAGUUUUCAUUAAUGGGCACUUAUGGUCUAUUGUACAAAAAACUCCAAGAUGUUCAAUUGGUAAUGUUUGUUUAGAUAAAGGAGAAUUUGAUAAAUCAAAUUCAGUUACAAGAACAUUAAGAUCAUAUAGAAGAAUUGAUCCUGGUGAUAAGAAUGGGUUUUUCUUAGGUGAUGAUGCAAUUCAUCAUGAUUCUGGAUAUUUUAUUAAUGUUGGUGAUGAAUUUUAUUUGAAACAACAGAAAAUCAGCACAAGUUUACCAUUAUUAUAA